AUGGCAGCGGAAUAUAAACAAGUAUUAUAUGAAAUACAAAGAAAAAAUGGGAAUAAAAAUUGUGUUGAUUGUGGAGCACCUAAUCCACAAUGGGCCUCGGUUUCUUUUGGAAUAUUUAUUUGUUUAGAGUGCUCCGGAAUUCAUAGGUCUUUCGGUGUCCACGUUAGAGAAUUUUAUGAGUCAUCAUCAGAAUAUUAUCCCGAAAUGUCAUUAAAGGAUAAGUACCAUAGUAGAUUUGCAACUGAUUAUCCAAAAUGUGAAGGAAGAAAAUGGACACCAUCUGCACAAAAUGUCGGCAGAACUACUAGUCGACCGUCAUCAUCCAACAGUAAUAGAUCAUCAAUUCAAUCAUCAAAUCGUAACAUUAUUGGUGAUGCAACGAAUACACGAACAGCAUCUUCAUAUCAAUCAUAUCAAUCUAAUGGAGAUUUAAGUAGCUUAAGUAACGAUAAUAAUCUUUCAUCUGAUAAUAAGGUAAAAAAUGAAAAAUAUUUUGCAACUUUAGGAAGAGCAAAUGAUACGCGGCCAGAUCAUUUACCACCAAAUCAAGGAGGAAAAUAUACUGGAUUUGGUAAUCCAGCAUUUACAAAUGUAAAUUCAUCAUCAACUUCGAAUACUUUAGCACCAGAUUUAGAUGAAUUAAUGAAUGAUCCUGUUAAAGCCUUCACGAAAGGAAUAAAUUUUCUUGGAUAUCAUGUUGUAGAAGGUGCAAAGUUAGCAGCUCAAGGAGCCGAAACUUUAGGACAAACUGUUAAUGAACGUGUAAUUAAACCUACAACAGAAAAAGUGAGAGAUCCUGAAUUUACUUCACAGGUUGCAGGUUACGGAGCUUGGAUUGGCAAGACUGUUAGCGAAACUGCAUCGAAGGGUAUAUCUACUAUAUCAAGCAUUUCUUCAAAUAGUUUAAGUAGACAAAAUUAUUCAUCUAUAUCAGACGAUUCUUAUAAUGAUGUAAAUAAGAAGGAUGGUGGUUGGGAUGACGAAUGGAACAGUUGGUAA